GGCAGCAUAUGGGCAGCAUCGUUUGCUGAAGUAGCAAGCAUCCUCGUCACCCAUGUGGAUCCCUCACAAGUUCCAGAGUAUGGAGCUAGAGUUGUGCAUUUUUUGCAUGCUCUUCACCCCAUGCCUAUAACACCAGUAUUCCUUGCCGGCAGUCUUGCUGUCACAACUGGCGGCUUGUUCAGACUUUAUUGUUCGUCAACAUUGGGAAAGCAAUGGAGCUUCCCACUCAGUAUCAGAAAAGAACACCGGCUUGUUACAAGUGGGCCGUAUUCAAUCGUCCGCCACCCAAGUUACACAGGCUACCUUCUCCAAUAUGUCGGGAUCAUUGCCGUGUAUGUGAGCAAGGGGUCGUGGAUGAGAGAGUGUGGGAUUCUACAUAUGCCUGUCGUGAAAGUGGUAGCAGGUUCCUGCUUCUUUUUGCUCACAGCAUUUGUCGGGGCUGUCAUUCAACGGCCUGCUGUAGAGGACAAGAUGCUCCAGCGUGUUAUGGGAGACGAAUGGAUGGAUUGGGCGAAGAGGGUGAAAUACCGAUUGAUUCCCGGGAUUUAUUGAUAAUAUACUUACUGAGCGCUCUGUUCAUACUUCUUGUU